UCCCACAAAUGCAGCUAACUGAAUAUAGUGCUAUUUUGGAUGAACAAAUCAAAACCCAUCACACAAUAUGUGUGACAUAUUCAUGCUAUUCCUCGGGUGGUAAUAGCCAUAUGUAUUUGACUAUUUUCCGGGAUUGGAUGCUCUUCUUAGCAGUGCAAAGGUUGGCUCUGUAAAUAUAUAUACACAAAUGUUCUUCGACGCCCGCCGUUGGGAGACCUAACCUCCGGCCUUCCUCCGGCCUAUCAUCUGCAUUUCCUUCUGCCCGUCAUUCCCAGAUGGAGCAACACCUGGAGGAUUCUGAGUCUAGAGCAUUGCGACAACAUGAAGCUGAGAUGGUUGAUGUCAUCCCAAUGCAGCAGAAGUUUUCUUGCAGUACCAUUUGUCCGUUCUCGCAACAAGAACACAAAGUGGCAGAUUCAAGAAAUCGGUCAAAGUCCACCACUAAGCUGUGUGGGCUCAUAAUCUUUUAUGCAGCAGCCAUGGUUGUGGAGAUCGCUGGAGGCAUAAAGGCAAACAGCCUUGCUGUUUUAACCGAUGCAGGUCACUUACUAAUUGACAUUGCGGGAAUCUGCAUCUCCCUUUUAACAGUUUGGGUUUCUGGAUGGGAGGUCACUUCUGAAUACUCCUAUGGAUUCCACCGGUUGGAAGUCUUAGGUGCCCUUGUAUCUAUACAAUUAAUAUGGGCCAUUUCUGGGACCUUGAUAUACCAAGCAGUUGAGAAAUUUCUCCACAAAAGUGUUGAAGUCAAUGGGAUUAUCAUGUUCGAAACGGCUGCUUUUGGUUUUAUAAUUAACUUAGUCUUGGUUUUGUGGCUUGGGCAUGACCAUUCACAUUCACAUCAUCACCACCACCACCACCAUCAUCAUUCUGAUACUCUAGAAGAGCAAAAUCAUGAACUGGAAGAACUUUUUCCAGAGAGCAGUAUGGUAGUGAUGCCAUCUCCAUCGUGUAGACAAAAGGAGACUUCAAACAUAAAUGUUGAAGGGGCUUACUUGCAUGCCAUUGUUGAUUUGAUACAAUCUGCUGGGGUGAUGAUUAGUGGAGCUGUGAUGUGGUGGAAGCCAAAGUGGUUUCUCGUUGACCCGAUUUGCACGCUUGUUUUCUCAGUUGUUGCUCUGAAGGCCACUGGACCAAUGCUCAGAGAAAUAUUCACAAUCUUAAUGGAGAGGACGCCUAAGGAUGUUGAUAUUACCCUUGUGAAGAACGGGCUGGAAGGCAUAAGGGGAGUGCAUGAUGUUCAUGACCUGCAUGUUUGGUCCAUCACAGUUGGGAGAAGUGUUUGUUCAUGUCAUGUCGUGGUUGAGCCCGAAGUGAAUCCUAUUGAAUUGAUUCAUAGGGUUAGAGAGUUUCUUCAAAGAACAUUCGAUAUCCGUCAUACGAACAUAGAGAUAGAACCUUUUUCUUAGGUAUGGUUAGGUGAUGUUUUGUGUUCAUAACUUCAAGAUGUACAAGUAUACAUUAAUGAAAUGAUAAUGAGAUGACAUAAA